CACAGUGUGGUGCAGGAUAACUUCUGAUGCUUUUCUGUGUCAGUUUUAUCCAGAUGGCAGUGCUGUGGAUCUCCUGAGCCCCAACAGACAGCCUCUAAAACUUGUCACACACCCAGUCCUUGGCAGUCUUGUAGGAGGUUUAUGUGAGGUGUGUGUGUGUUCAGAGGAAGAAGCCUAUGCUCUGUAUAAAACAUGCAGGAAGGCACUGAAGGCUAGAGCAGACCCCAUUUCCACCAGAUGCAGUUCAGUUUUCUCUGUGAGUUUUGAGUGGAAACUUCAUCCAGAGGAGGUGGAGUCAGAGGUCUGCCGCAGCAGACUGCAGCUGUUCAGCCUGGCAGGGGGAGCUGGCUGGACUGACCUCAGAGGAGUCAGCCCACUGGUGAAGGUUGUGGACCAAAUCCCAUGUGGAGCUACGACAACUGACAAGCUCCUUCCUUUCCUUCUACAUGAUGCCUUAACAGGAAACAGUAGGACGUUCCUCAUCUACUGUAUUAACCCUCAGGGCCUUCUAGAUGAUGAGACCCCUUCUGCCUUAGCUUUGGCCCACAAAGUGAGACGUUUGGUGACUAAAGCCACUGUUGGUCACUGGUGUCCGAGGGCAACCGAACAAGAGCUCCGAGAUAACAUCAUGGAUCUCCAAACUGCAAUGAUGUCCCAGGGGGAGAACGAAGCUCACAACACCUGCAGGCUGGCAGAGCUGACUCAAAGCCUGCAGAUUGUGAAAAAUCAGUCAUGGGAGAAGAGGAGGGAGGUGUCAAAGCAGAUAAAAAGCAAAACACAGAGUUGCCAGACCCCAAACAGCAACUGGCACAGCGGUUAUCAUAGAGACAGCACUGAUGCAAUGAAACAUUUACAAGACCAGCUGAAACAAGAAAUGGAAGAACAUAUCAGAGAGGGUAAAGGGAGUGUGGAGAAAGUCCAGGAGAGAGCAGCAAGAAUCCAGCAGCUGAAGGAGACUCUCAGAGAGAAGACACCGAAGAACGGGGCUGUUACGGAGAAAUCUGACCUCUGUCAACAAUCUCAAUUGGAAUACAAUAAAGCAAAGGAGCGGAGGAGGCAACUUAAGGAGGAUCAUGGGAGAUUAAUUCAAGAGGAGGUGGAGAAGAUGGAGAGAGACCUGGCACAGGAAACACUACUGACAGAAGGCCCCCAGAGAGAGCUGCUGGUGCUGACCAGAGAGAGGCAGGUCCUGGUGCUACAGAUAGAGGCCUGGCGCACUGAGGCCCUGCAGGCUGAGAGAGACCUGCAGGAUCAAUAUGACAGACACCAAACCGAGCUGCAUUGCCUGAGGGAAGAGAGCCUGCAGGUGUUCAGAAUGUUUCGUCAGGUGAGUGAGGAGCAGAGGAAGUCGUCAGAGGGCAGAUACAGAAGUGUGCUGCUGGAGGCUGUGCAGGACGCCGUCUACCUCUCUGCCCAGAACCAGCAGCUACAGGCCGACAACAAACAAAUCUGCAAAGCACUGGGAGAGUUAAAGGAUGCUCUAGCUGUGAGAGGUGAUCCUAAGGCUGAACUGUUAUCCCAACAAUAAGAAAUACAUGACUAAAAGAUGUUUAGGAAAUGGCG